CCCGCACCCUAGACCGGGGUCUCCCUCCCUCCACACCUGUAACGGGGGGAAAUGUUCUCUUUGCACAUAUGCCAUUGAUAUGUGCAUGUUUGUGCACUUGUUUGACCAUCCUUGGACCUGUGCCCUGAGGGGCAGUAGCCUGGCAGAGGGUGGGUUUCCAGAUACUUUGCCUCAGAGAUGCCACGGUUCCCAGAGUCCCCCAAGUAAGGUGGAAUACUCACUGGGGUAUGAGCACUGCUCUCUUUGGCAUUUCAGAUCAACCAUUGAGUCCCGAAGGAAGGUUUUAUUUCCAUGAGGGCAAACAGUCCCUUGAAUUGAUGACCAGUAGAAUCAGCAGCCCAAGUGUCUAGGCUAAAAAUUCCCUUUGGAAGAACCAAGAGACUUCCUCCCCUAGGGUUGGCUCUUGAGUCUGCAGGACUCCUGACUCUGCUUGUGGAUUUUGUUUAAAUCCUCUUUGAAUAAGAUGUCUGGGAUUUAAAAUACUCCAGACAGAGGAAUAAAGUGUGUAGGGUAGGGGGAAUGUCCUAGAUGAAACACAAUAGCAAAAUGCAGACAGAGGCUGAAGGUGAGUGAGUUGUGAUCCUCUUCUUAGUUUUUUAUAUUUGAAGAUGUCCAUUAAAAACACCGUCCUCAAGGAAAUACUUCCCUCUUCUUUCUCCUGCUUCUGACCCCUGCUCAGCCAAAAUUCAUGUUGUCCCUUCUGCUUCCUCCCUGCAGAGCACAGCACAUCUUGCUCCAGAGGUAUGGGAGGACCUCCCACAUUGGCCACUCUCGCCCAGGGCAGAAGGGAGCAGACCCGCCGAGCCCACCCCUGCAGGGCUCAUGGUGCAGGGCAGACCUGGCUGACAUGCACCUACGAAACGGCCGCAGCCUCUGCCAAUGAGAACUACUGCCCUGGCAUCCGCGCCAGCUCUCCACAUCUCUGCGCUUCUGCUGCCAGUCCCUUCCCAGGCCCUAAAUCUGAAAACAGCUCGCAGCCCGAGGAGGUGCGCCGCCAUCGGGCAUCAGCCUGGUCCUCCCCGUGUUGGCCAUGGUAGAGGCGGCGGUUGCAGGCAGGCCUUACGCCUGCAGUGAGUGUGGCAAGAGCUUCCGCUACAGCUCGGUGCUGCUGCGGCAUGAGCGCACCCACGGCGACUGCUUCCGCUGCCUCGACUGCGGCGAGCGCUGCGCGCUGGCCGCCGACCUCCGCGCGCAUCGGCGUGCCCAUGCAGGCCAGACGCUCUACAUUUGCAGCGAGUGCGGCCAGAGCUUUCGCCACAGCGGCCUCCUGGACCUGCACCAGAGCGCACACAGGCGGCGCAGCUGCUCCUGCCCUUGCCGCACCUGCGGCCGCCGCUUCCCACACUUCCCAGCUCUGCAGCUGCACCGGCUCCGCCGGCACCCACCGGAGCAGCCCCGCCGCUGUCCGCUGUGCACCCGCGCCUUCCGCCAGAGCGCGCUGCGCUUCCACCAGGCGCGGGCUCAUGGCUGCAGUACACCCGCCCCGCCUGCCGACCUGCUCCUGCGAUGUGCGUGGUGCCCGCGGGCCUUCAGCAGCAGCGCGGGACUGCGGAACCAUGCGCGCGUCCACGUGGCCCAGAGCUUCGGCAGCCGCAUAGCCCCGCAGCCCCGCACCCCUGCUGUGCACCAGUGCGGGGUGUGUGGCAAGAGCUUCAGCAAGAGCUCCACACUCAGGCGACACCUGCAGACGCACUCGGGCGAGAAGCCCUUCAAGUGCCCCGAGUGCGGUAAAGGCUUCUUGGAGAGUGCCACGCUGGUGCGCCAUCAGCGCACGCACACGGGUGAGAAGCCCUACACCUGUGGCGACUGCGGACGCCGCUUCAGCGAGAGCUCCACACUGCUGCGCCACCGCCGCAGCCACCAGGGUGAGCGGCCGCACGCGUGUGCCACCUGCGGCAAGCGUUUUGGGCAGCGGUCCGACCUGGUGGUGCACCAGCGCAUCCACACGGGUGAGAAGCCCUUCCCGUGUCCGGAGUGUGGCCGCCGCUUCAGCGACCGCUCGGACCUCACCAAGCACCGGCGCACACACACGGGCGAGAAGCCCUACCGCUGCGAGUUGUGCGGCAAGCGCUUCACAUGCGUAUCCAACCUCAAUGUGCACCGGCGCAAUCACACUGGCCACAAGCCCCACAAGUGCCCCGAGUGCGGCAAGGCCUUCAGCGUGGGCUCCAAGCUGGCGCUGCACCGCAAGACGCACCUGGGCGAGCGGCCAGUGCAGUGCGCCGAGUGUGGUAAAUGCUUCAGCCAUAGCCGCUCACUGUCGCAGCACCAGCGGGCGCACACGCGUGCCCGAGCUGCCACCACCCAGGCCGCCGCAAGUGCUGCCCUCUUUGCUGGGCAGGCGGGGCAGGAAAAGCUGGGACUUUGUGUCCCAUUUAAGGAGACUUGCUGAGAGGCUUCUCUGCUAAGGGCUAUGCAACCACCGAUAUCCCGCCGCAGCGACCGCAGACGGCAGCCUGCUUAAAGACGAAGUGAUCCGUCCCCUUUCUGCGCCCCUUCCCGGCCACCUGCCGCGUCCCUAUACCUACUUCCCUUACCGACCCUUCCUGUCUUUGGCCCUUGGGGUGUACUGCAGGGCCUCAGGAAAACCUUCCUCACCCCAAGCAUGGAAGAGUGCCCAGGUCCUGGUGCCGCAUGGCUGCCGCUUCAUGCUCAGGUGUGUCUUUCCUUUUCUCCCACUUGUGUUGUCUUCUCAGCUGAGAUCGCCUUCUUCCAGCCUGGGUCACCUCUACCUCUCACUGGGUGCUCUGCUAUCCUGCCUUUCUGGUAGCAAGCAGACAUGGCUACAGUCACAUCCCAUUUGCCCUAUGGUCUUGCUUCCCAGCCCCACUGACUCAGUCUCUGCUGCUGUCUCCCUGGGCUUCUGAAAGAUGGGAAAUGGGCAGCCAGAAAGAUGAUGGGGGGCUCACUGCGGCGACCAGGUCUCCAGGCCAGGAACUGCUGGCCUGCUGCCUGCAGAGAUGCCUCCAUGUGAAAGGGCAGGAGCCAUCAGCAUGGCCAUGCACUCACACCACAGGCCAGGCCUUGUGGUGUCCAGAUCAAGGUGCCUUCUCAGACUCGUGUUCCAGCCAGGUGGGGGACAUCAGCCCCCAGACCUGGGCCAAGACCAUGUGGGUCCACAAAGCUGGGCACUGCCAAACGAGCAUCAGCAUGGUACUUCCAAACGGAGCUUGCAGCCUUGGGGAAACGCCGCUCCAGAGGCAACAGGACAGGGUGCGCAAAUCCCCUGGAACUGGCCAGUGAUUUUUGGCUUAUGGCUUGUGAAAUAAAGAGUUGUUUGUUUGAGCCCCAGAAA